AUGGCUGCUACUAGUCCAGUCGCUGUAGGCACUCAAGGUACGAUCGCGUCCCUCGUCAGGAAGGAAGUCGAGUAUUUCCACGGCCUCGAACUAGAAAGCUUGAGCCCGGCUCCAAAGCAGAUCUCAGGCAGGGAUUCCGGCAAGAGUUUCGGGUUCCUUCGUAUCGCUUGGGGAAGAAAGAAACGCAAAGGAGUGGGAACGUUCCACCCAAGCAUCUGCUCUGUGGCACGGGUCGAAGAUUGCUACCGGACGAAUGGGAAACGCGGGUUCGAUUAUAAACUUCUGGAGGACGAAUUCAAGAAUGUAGACGUUGGAUCAUAG